UUCACGGUGUAAUGCAGGUUGCUUACGAUGAACAAACAGACGGCCCAGAACAAAGUCCCUCCCUGACCUGGGCCUGCUGCAGCAGGUUGCACCUAUAUCAGGAGGUGAGGCCCAGGCACCCUGGCAGGAUGGCUUCAGAUAGAAUGCUAGCUGUGUACUUCGACAACCCUGGGGGACCAGAAAAUCUCUACAUAAAGGAGGUGCCCAAACCGAUCCCUGGGGAGGGUGAAGUCCUUCUGAAGGUGGCUGUCAGUGCCCUGAACCGCGCGGACUUAUUCCAGUUGGAAAGUAGAAUUGCUUCUGUGGUUUCUGUCACAGGAAAUGUACAGGCUGGAGAAACUGUGCUAAUCCACGCAGGGGCAAGUUCUGUGGGCAUAGCUGCCAUCCAACUCACCCGGAUGGCUGGCGCUAUUCCUCUGGUCACAGCUGGAUCCCAGAACAAGCUUCAAAUGGCAGAAAAACUUGGAGCAGCUGCUGGAUUCAAUUACAAAGAACAGGAUUUUUGUGAAGCAACACUGAAAUUUACCAAAGGUGCUGGAGUGAACCUUAUUCUAGACUGCAUAGGUGGAUCCUACUGGGAGAAAAAUGUCAACUGCCUGGCUCUUGAUGGUCGAUGGAUUCUCUAUGGUCUGUUGGGAGGAGAAGAUGUCAGUGGGCCCCUGUUUUCAAAGCUAUUUUAUAAACGAGGAAGUCUGAUCACUAGUCGGUUGAGAAAUAGGGACAAGAAGUACAAGCAAAUGCUGGUGAAAGCGUUCACAGAGCAAAUUCUGCCCCAUUUCUCCAAGGAGGGACCCCAACGUCUCCUGCCAGUGCUGGACAGAGUCUACCCAAUGGCUGAAAUCCAAGCCGCCCAUAAGUACAUGGAGGCUAACAGGAACGUGGGCAAAAUCGUCCUGGAAUUGCCCCAGUGA